UGUUAGGGAUUGGUACCUGCUAUUCAAAGUGUGAGUGAACAUGUUGAGCAACGCCUUUGUGCAAAACACCUAUAUGGGAAUUGGAAGAAGAAAAAUCCUGGGCUUGAAUUCAAAGAGGUAAUGUGGAGUGCGGCUAGAGCUACAACUGUACCAGCAUGGGAAAGGGCAAUGGCAAAGAUGAAGAGCAUGAAGCAAUCUGCAUGGAAGGAUAUGAUGGAUAUCCCUGCCCAUUAUUGGAGUAGAUCUCACUUCAAAACAUAUUCUAAAUGUGAUCUUCAAGUAAACAACAUGUGCGAGGCUUUUAAUAGGGCAGUUCUAGAAUAUAGGGAUAAACCAAUCAUCACAUUGUUAGAAGGGAUUAAGCACUACCUUACCAAAAGGAUAACUAAGCAAAAGGAAGUCAUGACUAACUACAGUGGUGACAUAUGCCCCAGAAUACAACUUGUGCUUGAAACCAACAAGAAGGAUGCACAACAUUGGACUCCAACAUGGCAUGGUGAUGAUGACAUGGCAAUAUAUGGUGUGACUAAUGGAAGGGACACUUAUGUGGUUAAUUUGAAGAAUGAGACUUGUGCAUGUAGGAAAUGGGAUUUAACUGGAAUCCCUUGCAGUCAUUCCAUUACAUGUAUGUGGCAACACAAGAAUAAACCAGAAGAUUAUGUUUCUCAAUAUUACAGGAAGAGUAAUUACAAGAACACUUACUCCCAUAUUAUAUACCCUACUAAUGGUCCACAGCUUUGGCCUUUGGAUGAGCAAUCUAAAAUGAAUCCACCAAUUAUGAGAAGGGCCAUAGGUCGUCCUAAGAAAAUGAGGAACAAGGCUAAUGAUGAACAAAAGAAUCCGCAUGUCCUUCCUAGAAGAUUUGCAACAGUCACAUGUACUAAGUGUGGAGCAAUGGGACACAACAAGAGGAGUUGCAAGGGAAAGAGGGCAGCUGACAGAGCCAUCCCAAAAGGUGGAAAUACCAAGACUAAAAAGGGUGGUCAACAGAAGAAAACCAACACAAGUCAAGUUGAGAUUGGAUCCUCAUCACAGGAACCCCAACCAACUCAACAAUCUCAGCAUGAACAGCUAUAG